AUGUCCGAGUACGGCGUGCGGCUGUACAACUGGCACGUCGACCGGGGCCAGCUCUGGUACAACAGCAACAUCCCGCCGUCGAUGGACCUGAGCCGGAACGGCCUGGCCGGCGCGAUCCCGCCGGAGCUCGGCGACCUCCGGGCACUCAACCUGCUCAACCUGAGCUGGAACGCGCUGUCCGGGCCGAUCCCGGCGACGCUGGCGACCCUGAGCGCCCUCCAGACGCUCGAACUGUCGCACAACGAGCUCGCCGGGGAGAUACCGGCGUCGCUCGUGGGGCUGACCUUGCUGUCGUGCUUCGACGUCUCCCACAACCGGCUGCGCGGCCUGGUCCCCGCCGCUGCCCAGUUCUCCACGUUCCCGUGCUCCAGCUUCGCCGGCAACCCUGGCCUUCACAGCGAGUACUGUGAUGGCAACGGCGUGGUCGGAGGAGCGCAGGAGACCGAUGGGACUUUGCUCGCCGUUGGAAGCGAGAUGUUUGGGUUGCCGUUCUGUCUCGGGAUGAUCUUCGGCCUCUGUGCCACCAUGUUUGUUCAUGUGGUUAUGCUAGAGAGGACGGCCCGUCGAUAA